GUUUGCGCUGUGCAUUUAAGCGUUAAUGUUUGUGCAAUAAAACGAAAAAGUUAGCCAAAGAAGAGGAUAUAAAAAAUUGCAUAUUGGUCCGUGUCGAAUAGGUCGGGUCGUCGUCGUUGUCCGUCGUCGGUGUGUAUAUAGUCAAAAUCGAUUUUGUCACUAGUGUGUGCGGGUUAAAGUUAAAGCUAUGGUCGGUCUACUAAAUCCUAUGAAAUAUGGCGAUCAUUUCUAUGAAUUAUACACGAAUAAUACACGCAGAAAAUUGCAAAAUGAAAGAAAAGCUCUUACCAAGCGCAAAAGUCGCAAAGAGAAAUCCGCUGCAGCAUUGGCAGCUGCUGCUGCUGUCCUGGAUGGAGGAGGGAACUUAUUGGGCGGCAUUGUAAAUCCUUUGGAUCCGCCUUUGGUCAAAGAGCAAUUAAUGUUAAUAAUGCCCUCGUUCCCGGUGGCGCACAUUGAAUUGGAUCCGAAUGCCUCAAAGUUUGCUGUCUUCUCGGCCAUUCGGUCCACAGUGCUGGAGGCCGAGACCCGCUAUGCCUUGUUCCAUGACGGCAAUGGUGCGGCUGGCGGAGCAGCUUUAAAGAAGUGGUCAGGCAAUAUGGGAUCCUCCUGCUGCUUGGUCUGUGCGGGCAGUUGUAUGGUCAGCAAUCUGGUGGAUUGCUCUUGUCAUGCCCCAGCCGCGGGCAUAGCUGUUGGGGCCGGAGGAGCAGGUGCUGCUGGCGGGGCAGCCGCUGCUGGCGGAGCAGGUGGCGCGGGAGCUGGUGCCGCUGCAGGAGCAGCUGCUGCCGGGGCUGGUCAGGCCGACAAGCGCACACGUCGCGAUAGUGCCAACAGUGAUGCCGAUUCCGAUAUCGAGGAGCCCGUCGAGCGGGAGCCGGUGUACGCCACAGUUCCUCUCAUCGUGGGGGCUGGCCUGCGGAGUUUGUUCGAGCUAAUAGCGGAUGCUCGACACAUUCAGCCGCUGCUCUGCACCAAGGCUCUGAAGGCAUUGCUCGAUGUCAUCCAAGGUCAGCAACCAGAGUCGUUUAAACUUGAACCGGAAGAACUUAUAAAUCCCCUGUACGAUUUACUGCUCGAUCUGGCCACAAUGCCGGCGGCUUUAAGCUCCACCACCGGAGCCGAGGCCAAUUGGUCGGCUAUGGCCUGUGCCGCCUUGCUGGGACUUUGCAUUGCUCGCGGCGAUACGGGCAAAAUGCUAAAGGCCAUUGCCGCCAUGUUAAUGUCGCCGCGUCAGCUGUCCGCCCAGAUAGUUCAAUUGCCAGCCGUGUUGGCUGCACUGCAGCAUACGGUGGUCAGUGCCGCUCUGAAUAAGCCGACGCGUCCGGAUUUCCAUAGUCAUGGUGUGCCGCACAAUUCCCUUGUGGAUGAGUUCUCACUUAAGCUGCCAUCGUCCACAUCGUCAACGGCCUCCUCUGCCGCUCCGGCCAUGGCUUGUGAUGGGGUGUUUCUAUAUUUGUUACAUGGCGGAGUUUUACUUAAAAUUGGCACUGGAUUCGGCGGCUCAUACAAAGGGCAUGUGUAUGCCCAAAACGAGGAUUUCAGUCGUGAGCGUAAUCCCUGGCUGGGCUACAGUGGAGGCCAACUAUACUAUCGCCGGAAUUGCCGUCGAAAUGCCGAUCAGUUGCAAAUGGUCGGCCUCGACACACUGGCCCUGAAAACGAUGAGUCCAUUGAACAUGUUGCCCAUGCGAGAGGGUCUGAACUAUGUCCUCUUCACGGACGACGAUUCGUUGCAUGCCAUUUGCAGUAAUCGAGAUGACACUUUGGUGGUGAAGAAACUGAAUCUCUAUCAUAAUAGCUACAGCAGCGAUUCACCGCCAUUCGAGUUGCCGCUCCAGUUGGCCAGGAAGAAGUUUCGCACGUUAGGCUAUGCUGCAUUCGAGGAUGAGCUACUGAAUCAACAUCAAAUCCAACGUAUACAAUCGGCUCAUAACAGUUUCGAGCCCAAGUUGCCGGCUCCUUGUCGUGAUGCCGAUGUAGACGUCCUCGGGAUGGCUUGUGGCAAGGAAUUUGGCUUAGUGCGUGCCAGUAAUGGGCGUGUCUACUACUACGGCAAGUCGGCGGCCUUGGGUCUCAAGUGUGUCGGCCGCACGCCAACGCUGAAGCUAACCGAAUUGAUAAUAUCGAAAGCUGCCCAUAUUGUCCAUGUGGCAGUUGGUCAUGAUGGCAUCCAUGCCUUGCUGGUCAACGAUGAUGGCACUGUUUAUUUUGCCGGAACAGCUCGUCGUGGCGAGGAUGGCGACAGCAGCAAAAAUCGCCGUCAACCGAAGGCAGUUAAGCCAAAGAAAAUGACCAAAAUCGAUGGUCAUGUGGUCGUCCAUGCUGCAUGCAAUAAUGGAACUUCGGCAUUUGUCACCAAAACGGGCAAACUAAUCAUGUAUGGCAAGGAUACGGCCCAUUGUGAUGCCAUGGGAUUUGUAAGCGAAUUGCUGGAGCAGCAUAUAACCAAAGUGGCUCUGGGUAAAGCGCAUUGUGUGGCCCUAAAUGCCAAGGGACAGCUCUUCUCGUUUGGCUUGAAUAACAAAGGACAAUGUGGUCGUGUCUUUAAUAAACUGAUGCCCGUCAAGGAUGUGCCCAGUUCAUCGUCAUCGCUGGCCUAUGCCAAUCUCUUGGCCAUGGACAAACGCCUGAAAGUGGAUUUCUCCACACUCUGCGACUACGAUGAUCACAACCUCGUCCAGGGCCAGUGUCGUGUCUGUGUUCUCUGUCGCGAAUGCACGGGCUAUAAUGUGAGCUGCGUUUCCGCUCUGAAUGUGCCCCUAGAGCAGCGUUUGGCUGGCAGUAUUUGUCCCUGCGGACACGGAGAUGCUGGCUGUGCCAAAUGCGGCCUGUGCUCGGCCUGCAUAGCUCUCCAGGAAUCCGAAAUCAUGGAUGCAAAGGUGGAGUGCCAGCCCCGUCCGCAACGCUCCAAGACAUUGAUUAUGCGUCCGCGGAAGGAGAAGAAGGCCAGCGAAUUGGAAACUGGUGCCGCUGGUGGCAAUGGCGGUGCUACACCAACUGACAUCGAUAAAGACCCACCACGUGUUGCUCCAUUGGCGCCGCAAAUCCUGCAAUUGCCCACUGCCUCGCCGGUAGUUCAAGUGGCCUGCGGUCUAUAUCACACGGUCGUCUUGACUCUAGCCGGUGAGGUAUUCACCUUUGGCAGCAAUCAAUAUGGUCAAUUGGGCAGUGGCGAUCUGCAGCCAGUCAGCGGUCCUGUGCGAGUACAUGUUCAAGGAGCCAUCAGUCAAGUGGCUGCCGGCAGCAAUCACACGGUGCUAUUGACCCACAAGGGAAUGGUCUAUACGUUCGGCAACUAUCAGAAGGGUCAACUGGGUCGUUUGCCCAGUGAUUAUGGCCAGAAACCGAUGAUACCAACAACGGUGGAAGAGGAGCCAACAGGCAGUAUUAUUUCCGGAAUCCCAACACCAGAGCCAGCUGGCAUUCUACCUGGUGGUUCCAAGGAAAAUAUACCCAUGAUGUCCAACGUGCCAGUCUGUGGACUCACUCAGAGGCAAAAAUUUCUAUGGAAUUGUGCACCCGGACCUGUUUUCGGAUUGGGUCCCACGUAUGGCAAAAAGGUCACCUGGAUAGGAGCCAAUGGCGAUCAGACAUUCAUUAAGAUUGACGAAUCUCUCAUAACAGCCCAAAUGCUGCCCAAAAUGCAUGUGGUGGCCAAUAAGAAGACCAUUCUGCUUAUUCCAAGCAUACAUUUAUCCUUCCACACAUUGACCAUCAAUCGACGUGACGGCAGCUGCACAGCCCAUUACAGGGAUCAGCAGAAUUUUUGUGAUCUAAUGCAAACGCAACCGUCGCAAACUCAACCGGAAAUCAAUCGAAAUGUGGACACGCCGCCCCUCGUGGCGGCUGAAUCGCCACCUGUGCUGGUGUCUUCAGUAGCAUUGGCUGCCACAGCCGGAGUGCCCAUCAAUGAGCACAUGUCGCGUAGUAUGCAUGAGGCAAGAAAUCAAAUAUUCGAAGAGCAUCAUCAAUCGGCGGAAUCAUCUGCUCCCGGAGUGGCAACAGGGGCAGGGGCGGCGUCAUCGCAGCGUCAACAGCGUCGCUUGAGAAGCGCCUCACGCCAAGAGUCACCCACAGAGACAACACCACCAUCCCAAAUAGCCUUUGCCAUGGAUCCAAGUUACAAUGUUCUUUGGGUCUUUGAUGGCUUGGCCAAAAAACUGCGUUGCCACAAUGUGGUUGCCAGCGAUAUUGCUGAGACUGAUGUGAAUGCAGCCAACUAUCGAGCUUUGCUUUCGCCAGAGCUAUCACUACCAAUUAAAUCAGAUGCACGAGUCUCCCGCUCGCAGGCAUCGCUCAAUCUGUUGGCCUGUCUGGACAUAUUGACAUCGGCGCAGGAUAAUAUACCCGGCUGCUUUGAGCAGGUAUUGCCGAAGCAGCCGCAUCAGACCACAGAGGCCCAGAGUGGCGAGUAUCAGGUGGUCAAUCGUUUCGAUAACUUUGGCGGCGGUUGGGGCUAUUCCGGGCAUAGUGUGGAGGCCAUUCGAUUUGCUGCCGAUACGGAUAUCGUAAUCUGUGGCUUUGGCAUGUUUGGCGGACGCGGAGAAUACAGCUGCAAACUGAAGCUCUACGACCUCGGAUCCGAUGGCGGUGGCUACGAGAAGGAGGGCACUCUGAUCAGCGAGACCAAGGAGGUACCCUACGAGUGUGCCGCCAGGAGUAAACAUCACAUUCUGCUGCCAAAACCUUUGAAUGCUGCAGCCGGCAGAUGGUAUUUGGUUUGGGCACGCAUUGCCGGCCCCUCCUCCGAUUGUGGUUCAUGCGGCCAGGCUUCAGUGACCACCGAGGAUCAGGUGGUGUUCAGUUUCAAGUCCAGCAAGAAGGCUAACAAUGGCACCGAUGUUAAUUCCGGACAAAUUCCAGCCAUUCUGUAUCGUCUGGUUACCCAAGAUUGCAAACAGACGCCGGCGCCCCUCGAUGCGGAUCCCGUGCAGCGUAUUUCGCGCGCCUUUGCCAAUAGCGUGAGUCGCGAGUGCUUUGAGAGUCUGGUCGUCCUGCUCAGUUGGUCCUGGGAGAGCUUCAAGACCCAGUUGCGGGAGCAACGCGAUCGCAGCCGUCCUCUCCAGCUGCAGCAAACUCUGCAGUACUUGGGCUAUGUGAAUAAGUCGUGUCUGCGUCUCCUGCGCAAAUACACCAAUGAAAUAUAUCCACAGCGCUCGAAUGCGGUGGCAGCGGCCGCUGUGGUGGCCGCCCAGGCUGGCAGCUCCAGCAUGGUGGCAGCUGCUCUCUCCAAACUCCAGGCUAAGGCGGGCAAGGAUAAAAACUCACCCCGAGUGCUUAGUAAUGCCGCCGCUGUGGUUAAAUAUUUUGGUGAGGCAUCGGCGGCAGCUGCCACGGCCAUGGCCUCGAUAGGAGGAACUGGUGGUGGUGGCGCGGGUUCCACCACGCCCAUGGCCCGUAAGACCAACAUGGAGAAUAUUCAAUUAGCCGAAUGCAUUGGCAAUGUGCGAGCUCUAUUAAUUGGUAUAUUUUGUGAUGACAUCUUCAAGGACAUUGCCACAGAUGAGGGUUAUGCUUUGGUUGUGGAAAUCCUUGAUGAGUGCCAUUUGAGUUUCGUGGCUUGUUUCGAUGCAUUCUAUCCAACAUCGUCCUUGAAAUGGAAUUGUCUAUGCGAUUUACUGGCCCAAAUGGAUCGCGGUGCCUUGCACUCGCGUCUAUUGAGUGCCAUUUUGGCUGGAUUGUGCUCACCCACAGUUAAACUGAGGGCCACAUUUGCCCUGCUGAAUGCAGCGGGCAAUGAUCGUCAGUCGAUCAUAAGUCCCAGCGAUAAUUCUGGUCUGCCAAUGCUCUCAUCGACCGAGGCCCAUCAAUAUCCCAUUCUCGUGGAGCAGAUGAUCUAUCGCACGCAACAGGAGAAAAGCGACUUUUUGAGCAAUUCGUGGACAUUCAAGGAUGUCCUGGUGCGUCUGCUGGACAUCAUUGCCAGUCCCAUACGUGCCCGUAUUGAGUGCAUCUAUAGUCGCAGUCUGGGUGGCCAUUUGGAUCAAUCGGCGACGAGUAUCAAUCAGGGAUUAAUUGACAAUUGUUGCCAUCUGUUGGCUCGUGUUCUGGCCGAAAUUGUCUAUCAGACAGUGCUGGGGGAAUAUGAUAAGCUAUUCCUGCCACCGCGGACACUCCAUUCGACUGGGUCGAGAUUUGCUCGCUGCGAUUUGAGUCGCACAUGGAAUACGGGAAACUUUGGACCCGAUGCCAUUGCCUUUUCGGUGGAUCGUCCUGGCAUCGCUGUGGCCGGCGCCAUGGUCUAUUCCGGUUCGGGGAGCUAUGACUAUCAAUUGGAAUUGCUGUACGAUAAUACGGCUGAUCUGCAACCGCAGCACAAAUGGGAGACCUUGGAGUCCGUCUCGGGUAGCUAUGACCAGGAGGCGGUGCACAAUGAUUUGGCUGAAAUUAAAUUUGAUCAUCCGGUGCACAUUAAGGAGCAUGCGAGAUACGCAUUGCGUUUGUGUUCCCAGGGGGCACGCACCUGUUCGGGUGAUGCUGGGCUCACAUCCGUUCGUGGGCCAUGUGGGGCAACAUUCCAUUUCUAUGCCUGUGACUUGAGUUUUAAUGGCACCACUCCGGCUCGUGGCCAAUUGCCGUGCAUCCUGUAUUAUAGUGCACCCAUCAAGCAGGAGGGAAAUGUUGUUGGUGGAGCAGGUGGAGGUGGAGGAGCAGGAGCAGGAGCAGGCAUUGGCGUGGUGGAUGGAGCUGCUGCCAUGCUGGGCAAUCUAAAUAAUGCCCAUGAGAUCUCCACAAGGGAUACAGCCCUCCAGAUAGCAUCCGAUAUAACCAAGAAAUGCACUGAAUUGCUUAUUUUGGCACGCAAUGCCAUGGCUGCUGCCUCUUGCUCGCCCUCCGACAACAGCUCGAAUCACACACAGACCAUCGACUCGGAGCACAAUAUCACACCGAUUGAGGAGCACAUGGACAUCAAUUGGGCAAACAAUUCACGCACUGCCGCCUUGCCGCCAGUUGUUAUGGUGGAUCCGGUGGGUCGAGAUUUGGGCAAACGCAUCGAAUCGUUCUCCAAGGGCAUUAUGGAAACAUUGAAAUUCGAUUCAAAGCGUUCAUCGACCAAUCCCUUUGAGAUGGAAAUCGAAAUAGGUGCCACAGAGAUUGGUGUCGAGGAGACGGCCGAUUUGAAUUAUCGCAAUGGACAAAUGGCUGCCAAAUUGAAUGGCAAUGAGCAGCGGGCAGAAUAUGAAUCGAGUGCCGAUCAGCAGCAGCAGCAAGGACAGCAGCAAGGACAUCAGCAACCAGCAGCUGUUGUGGUGGUAUCUGCUGUCGUGCAAGCAGCUCAACAAUUGAUUCACUCCGAUUCGGAGGAGGCACCAGCUCUGGGCAUAGCAGGCGGCGGCGGUCUUUCUGGUGGUGGUGGUGGUGCUGGUGGUGGAGUACUUGGCGGUGGCUCAGUGCCGGCCAUACAAUUGCUUGAAGUCUUCAAUUUGGCUGCCUCGAAUAUGUUUCAUACAUUGCUCCCGCUAGUCUAUGGCCACAUGGCCAAUUUGGCCUGCAGUGAUCCCAAGAGUUCCGUACAGAUUUUGGGUCUAAUCAAGGAGAUAUUGCCACAUAUCGCUGCGCUCAAUCAGUUGCAUGUAUCAUCCAAAGAGCAACGAAGUGUUGGCGGUGGCGGCUCGGAGACUGAUCAUCAUUUAUCACUGGGUCCUCCAUCGGCCACCACUAGCCACAAUAGCACCACAAGUAAUCACUAUUGUCUGGUGGAGAGUGAACAUCCGUAUCGCAGUGCCACGAUUAGUUGUUAUCGUGUCGAAUUUCCGCCCUGUGUCCAAUGGCUGACAAUUGAAUUUGAUCCGCAAUGCGGCACGGCCCAAUUGGAGGAUUAUCUUUUGCUCUCCAUACCAAUGCGUCCGACAAUAUCAAGUCAAACGACUUGCCAACAAGCUGCUGCUGCUGCAGCAUCAUCUUCGGGUGACGAUUACUAUGAUAUGCUGGACAAUAAUCUAACCACAACAACAGCGGCAACAACAACUGGACGAAAGCCAACAACUAAUAAUUGUCGCAAUGCCCAAUUAACCAUGACAAGUUGCUGCAGGACAGCGGCGCCUCCUGUAAGCAAUACCAAUGAUGCCAAUGACAGGGAUUGGAUUGUGGUGAAAAAGUUCAAUACCGCUUCAAACUGGCUUCAAAAUGUUCUCAUUUUGCCUGGCAACUGUGUAGAAUUCUCUUUGGAAACAGCCUCGCUAUAUGCCCAGGAUCCGCACAAUAAUCGUUAUGGUUUUAAAUGCUUAGUGGUCGGCUAUGACAAUCCCACAGCGAUCAAUGCCAGCAAUUCGUGUCUCAUCCGCUUGGAACAGGAGCUGGCCUAUUUGGGUGGCAUGUGCAGUGCCAAUCUAAUGAAAAAGGAUCUCAAUUUGCCAGACGACAAGGAUAUGGAGGAUAUCAGUGGCAUAGAGGACACUAUAAGCUCACAUCAUGUCUUGCUAUCAAAGGGUUUCGCUCUCUCCGAGCCACAAUUGACCGUACAUCAGGCAUUGGAAUCGUAUUUACCCAUAGGAUCGCAGUCUAAUGAGCGUCAAUUCCUCAAGGAUUUCAUAAGUGGGGCGCCAGGAUCUUCUGGGGCACGGUUGGCCGCCUGGUUACAGCCGGAAUCCCGUUUAGAUCCCAACAAAUGCGAGUUAAACACAAUUACCGAACCUCUGCGGUAUGGUUGGCCCACCCAGGUGACAAUCACCAUACGUGAUCAAUAUGGCGAUGCGGUGUUAGUACCCGAACUGAAGGUAGAAAUAAAGGCCAUACCCACAGGGCCAAAUACGAGCGGAAGUGGCAUGGGAAUUGGAAGUGGAAUUUCCUCUGCAAGUGGCAAUAAUUCAAAGAUCCGUCACGGCGAUGGUGUGAAUUUGGGAGGCAUGGCGCCACCGCCACGACUCAACUACGAGCCGACGACCAAGGAGAAGAUGUGCUUCAAGGCCAUUACGUUCAUGAAACCAUUUACGAACUACUCGUUCGAGGAGUUGCGCUACAGCAGUCCCGUCCAGACACGCACCACCGAAGCGCUGAGUGCCCAGGACAUGGAGGACGGGACAUUUAGUGUGCACUGGACACCCAAUUCGGUGGGUGGCUAUUGCCUGGCCGUGAUAAUCGAUGGCAUACAGCUGGAGGAGGUCUACCGCGUGGAUGUCAAGGAGGGGGUCUUGCCGCCCCCCAAUGCCCAUCGACUGGGCAGUGCAGCACGUCGGCCACAAGCUCCCAGCAAGCUGCGACGAUUUCAGGCCAGGCACAGUGCCGGGCUGCGCAUCCGUUCGCAUCCCACACUGCAAUCGGAGCAGGUGGGCGUGGUGCGUUUGGGUGGCAUCAUUUCAUUCAUCGAUGAAAUUGAGAACGACGACGGCGUUUGGUUGCGGCUCUCCACGGAGUCGAUACGUCAGCACUGCACCAUGGGCUGGUAUCCCACAGAGGCCUGGUGUCUGCAGUUCAAUCAACAUUUGGCCCGAUCCCUGCUGCAACCCGUUGCCGAUGCCACACGUUCCAAGUCGAGCGAAUCGAAUGAUGGAUCGGCGACGGCGUCCCCAUUGCCCCCACCUCCCCCGCCAGCACAUAACAGUCCCAAGGGCCAAGGGCCGAGUAGUCCGUCCACUUUAAGUCCCACGAAAUUGAAAUCCUCGGCAUCGAAUUCCGCCUCGCCGGGCAAGAAGAUCUUUGACUUUGCGGCUUCCGCUAGUUCAACGAAUCCCUUUCUGUUCCCCUUGAAGUCCACGGACCUGGAGCUUGAUGUCGAAGUGGCCGAUCCUGAUGCGGAAUCCUCAGUGGCUGUAGCCACUGAACUGCUGCCCUCGAAUUUGGGUUCAGCCAUAGCUGGAGUGGUCGGUGGCGGUGCCAUCAAGUUGCAGGCCCUGCAAAAGUGGUUCAAAGGCGAUGUCGAAGGAGCUCCAGCUCCGUCUCCGUCUCCGGCUUCAGCUCCAUCGCCAUUGCCGGUGGUGGCCACAGGGGUCUCAGUGAGGGAAUUGGUGCGCGUGAUGGGUGGACAGGAGCAGCAGCAGCAGCAGCAGCAGCGAGGAAAUGGCAACAGCAACAACACGACGAGCACUAGCAGAAGUCAGGAGCAACAGCCCCAGGAAGAGGACUUUGAUUUGGCUACUAUGCGUAGACCCAACUACACAGCCAGCCAGACAGCCGCUUUACUGUCGACUCCCAAGCAUACUCCACGACGGACAGCACCACAACAGGAAGUUGCUGGAGGAACCGCCGCCCAGCAGCAGCAGCCGCAAGAGGAUGAUCUUCAAUUGCAAAUUACCACAACAACGACGGGAACGAAAACGGAAACGCAAAGUGAACUGCAUUUGGGCGAGAGUCCAGCAUCUGUGAUGCCAAUACCCGUGGCAGUGGCUACCACCUCAACAGCGUCAUCCUCAUCCUGCUCGGUGGCCAGUAGCACGACCAAACGCAACACCAUGGGACCGAUUAAACGGGCCAUGCCGCCCUCCUUUGCCGAGAGUAUCAGGGCGGUAUUUGCCGCUUUAUUGUGGCACGAGGGAGUUGUCCAUGAUGCCAUGGCCUGUGCCAGUUUCCUAAAGUUCCAUCCGGGACUGCCCAAAGAGGGGGCCACAGUGGUUACGCGACGCGAGGCUGGCGAUGCUCGUCUCCAAUUGUCGCGGGAGCAAAAGGCCCAACAGCGGCAUUCGGUGGAGGUGGCCAAUGCUGGGCACUAUCUCAAUAUACGUCCAUCCACGCUGGAGACGUUGACAAAGAGUGGCAACAGUUCGCUGCAUAAUCGCAGCAAGCAUCGCAAGAAUCCGCUGACCAGCAACGGCGACAGCGAACAAGCUCCUCUGAUGUCUCAGAUGUCUCAGACGGCGGCGGCGGCUUCUUCACAGAAAGGUCAGGGUCUGCAGGCUCUGCCGGAGUUGGUCAGUGUUUUGCCGCCGGCUUUGCGUUGCUUGGUCUAUUUGUGGGAACAGAUCUGUUCGGGCUGCGUUCAGAUUGUUCAGUCGAAUGCUCUGGAUCAACAACGGGGGGAUCGUUGCCUGAUCUCGCCCAGCAGUGGCGAGACGCGAGAGGUGGCCAAUGGCGGUGAUUUGGAUGGUAAAAUUGAUGGUAAAUCCGUGGGCGAUGUCGAGGGACUGGCCGCCGCCUCCGCGGACAAGGAAUUGGGCAAGAAAUGUAAACGCAAAAAGAAGGACGAUGGCAGCUGGUGUGAGAUCUGUGAACUUUUCCUGCCCAUGCCGGUGACAUAUCACAUGCGUAUUGCCCAUCCGGGUUGUGGAAAGUCCGCCAAGGGCAAGGGUUACAAUUCCGUGGGCAUAUUCUGUGAGGGAUGGGCCGGCAAUUGCGGCGAAGGCGGCAAAGGUGCCUCCUCCUGGUUCCUUAUGUGUGACACCUGUCGGGAUAAGUACUUGGCCAGCAGUCUGAGUGCCACCAAUGUCAAUAGCAGCACAAUUCCCCAUGUGGCUAGCACUGAUCAGAAUGAUGUUAACGAGAUGAAUUUGUUUGGCGUGAAGACAACCACUUUGAUUGCCAACUCCGAGGUGUAUACCACAAUGCGAGAGAAUGCCACAUUUCUGUUGGAGCUGUGCUCCUCCUCUGCUUCCAUGUCAACGACAGCUCCUGCCCUCAGUAAACGUUCGCCCCAACAACAGCAGCAGCAGCAGCAACAACAACAACAACAACAACAACAACAAAUGGCCAUGCCCAUGCCAAUUGUGAUUGAGCACCAGCAUCUGGGCAUGGGCGAUCUGAGCAGUAAGCCCAGCACCAGUCGUGCCGACUCGGCGCGUAGCAGUCGGAUUGGCAUGGGCGUGGGCAUUGCCAGUGGACGUUGUUUGAGUGGCAAAUUCUCUGUUCCAUUUCGCAAGAGUUUUGUCGGAGUACCGCCUAGCACACCGGACAAUGUUUGGCUAGCACCCGAUAGCUUUGCCUGCUUGGAAUGCCUGGGAACAGCUGGACAUGAGGAUUUGCCCUACGAGAUGUUUGGCAUGGGAUCGGCUGGCGGCGGCGGUAACGAUAAUGGUUAUGAGAGGCCUCUCUCGGAGAUCUCCUACGAGUCGUGUGAGCCAAAUAACUAUGAGGUAAUGUCCGGAUCAAUGGCAAAUCAAGGAUCAACUGUAGCUCCAGCUGGCGGUACACUAUCCAAAUUCCAUCGUAGCUAUUCAAUGGGUCAAGGCUGGGCAGCAUUGGCCCAGCAACAGCACCAACAACAACAACAACAUCAACAGCAGCAGCAGCAGCAGCAGCAGCAGCAACAUCAUCAGCAGCAGCCACUGUCGUCACAUCAGCCAUCCAGCCAUCAGCAGUCGCUGAAUCAGAAUCUACCAUUGGACAUUGGACAGGCACAACCGAAAGUUGUAUAUCGUCGACGCAUGAACUCCACCAGUGAGGGCGAUGGAUCUCUCUUAAUUUGCUAUCCGUCCGAGCAUUUGCGUCGUCUGGUGCCGCCAAAACUAUUGGCUAGUGUGGCUGUGUUGUCCUCUAAUGGAGGCUCGGCCACAGGGGCAGCACCAUCAUCAUCAUCAUUGGCCACGGCGGGAGAUGGCAAGGAUCAACUGCCAGCAGCACCAUCCGAGUCGUCCAUGGGUAGCAGUGCUCUUCUAGGCAGACCGGCAAUGGCUUUCAUAACACAGAAACAUGAAUUGGAACGUCUCAGAGGUGCCAUGCGACGAAGUCUGAGAAUUGCCGCCUGUCGCAUUUAUGCGUUGCAAGCUCUCAAUUGGCUGCUCCGCAGUGUCACCCAGGGCGUAUGCUUGCAUGAUUUGAUGUGGUGGUUUGUCAGCUCCCUCACCUUGGGCAAUACGGAGUUGGUGGAUGGAAAAUACGAAGAGGCUGAACCGGCGCUCGAACAUCCUGUGGCCUAUACCCAGAUUAGUGGCAGAUUCGCCCAUUUGAUCACACAAUCGUUGCAUGUGCUGCUCCAGUCGGUGGCGGAUCUGACACUCCACUUGCCAUUGGGGUCACCGCUUCAACGGGUGGCCAUUCAAUGCUUUGGCAUACGUUUCCGUCAAGCGGAUCAUCAGUUCUUGCAUAGUUCCCAUGUCUUUGGCAACAUUUCCAAGAUCUUGUCGAAAUCGGAUGAACAAAAUGAUGCCGCCAUGGCUGUAUCCACAAUGCUGGGUGGCGAGACGACCCAUUGUGAUGCCGAACAUAAUAUAGCAGCAGCAGCAGCUAACAGCCAACAGCUUUCCAUGGGAAUGGGAGUGGGAGCGGGUGCUGGAGCUAAGGUUCUCUACUAUACCGAUCUGUCGGGCAUGUUUGAGGUCACGGUGUCGUCGCGGCCAGCCAUGGCCGAAUCUCUGACAGAUAACUCAACGGAAACAUUCUGGGAGAGCGAUGAGGAGGAUAGGAACAAGUGCAAAAUCAUUGAACUAUCGAUGACCAAGCUGAAUUAUGCUUGUAAAUUUGUCCUUGUCCAUAUUGACAAUAGUCGGGACCUGCAGAAUAAGGUACUCAAUGUGGUCUUUUAUGCUGGCCAAUCGCUUGGUGACACAAAUCUCAUUAAAUCCGUUGAUGUCGAUCAAAAGUCAUGCUCAUGGAUAUCGGCAAAAAUCUGUGAUGAGAGUUCUACGCAUUUUCGUCUGGAAUUGCAUGGCCCGGAGAAUACGUUACGGGUGCGACAAAUAAAGCUCUUGGGCUUGCCCAGCUCCUUGGCAGCCGGCGCCGUUGAUGAGUCAAUGAAACUGCAUCUAAGAUUGGCUCAUGCCACACGAAUUCAGCAACAGAUUUGUGAGGCGGAAACCUUGCGGGUCUUUCGCUUAAUCACUGGACAAGUUUUUGGUAAACUAAUUAGCAAUGUUGGCAGCAAUGAGACGGCAGCUGGAACAGCAACAGCAGGAUCCGGUGUAGGUGGCGGCUCACUGCCAGCAGCGGAUUCCUCAACAUCCAUGCUGGCCGAUUCUCUGGAUUUGCGUGAACAUAUGGUUGGGAUUCUAUUCUCGCGCAGUAAAUUAUCACAUCUGCAGAAGCAAGUCAUUGUACAUAUUGUCCAUGCCAUUAAGAAGGAGGCACAGAGAGCCAAAGAGGAUUGGGAGAUGAAUAAUCUGGCUCAUGCCCAUAUGCAACAUGGCCAGCAACAGCAGCAACAACAGGAGCAACAGCAGCCAAUUCCACCGUCAGUGCCAGCCACCGAGAGCAGUUCGGAGAGGAGUCGUGCUCCAGAUACGUAUUGCUUUGAGAUGCUUAGCAUGGUUUUGGCUCUGUCCGGUAGUGUUGUUGGUCGCUCCUAUCUGUCGCAGCAGCACGGUCUUCUCCGGGAUCUGCUGGGACUGCUGCAUACAGGCAGCGAUCGUGUGCAACGUCAAGUGACUGCCCUUCUGCGUCGCAUCCUGCCAGAGAUAACGCCCGAAAGCUUUGCCGAACUUCUGGGAGUGCAACGUUUGCCUCCGGCUGACUAUAGCAUAGCCAAUCAGAGUGCCAGUGAUUUUGAUAUGACUCGAUUGGGUUUGCUGGACAUCUUCUUGGCCGUAAUAGCCAAGUCGUUGCAAUUGCAAAUCAAAGUUAAGACAAAUACACAAAAUGCAACGACAGGCAAUAGUGCGGGCAAUGCAGGAAGUGGCAGUGGCAGUGGCAGUGGCAAUAGCAAUGGAUUAGCCAUAGCAAAGCCAACACAACUGGAAAAGACACCGGCCUUUGUGCGACUUUGUAGCUCAUUGGAUUUGUCCGUGCAAUUGCUGCGGUCGCGUCCGCCCACAGCUGAGCAUUUGCCCUCCCAGGCAGGGGAUCCAUUUAGGUUUGAGUUGCCGCCACCAGCGAAAAAGGAAUCCAAACGUAAUCUCAAUCAACGCUGGUUUCUCAAUGGCAUCAUCUCCACCAAGCAGGCCGAGAGCAUAAUAUGUCUUAUACGAGAUUUGGCCAGUGGCAAACUCAGCGAGAAAUGGUCACAGAUAACAAAGGCGGCCAUAGCCGAAUCAGUGCUGAAUCUCACAAGAUUGGAGGAGAUAUAUAGGUCACCAGAAUAUUGCACUAAAACAUCCACACUGUGGCUAGCUCUGGCCAGUCUUUGUGUACUGGAGCGCGAUCAUGUGGAGAAAUUGUCAUCGGGUCAGUGGUCAAAGCUCUGUGAUACCCGACCAAUGUGCAGUAAUCAUGACGAUGGUGAGACGGCAGCCAUUAUACAAUGUGAGACCUGUGGUUCCCUUUGCGGUGACUGCGAUCGGUUUCUACAUCUCAAUCGAAAGACACGCACACACAAGCGCACUGUCUGCAAAGAGGAGGAAGAGGCCAUACGUGUAGAGUUACACGAAUCAUGCGGACGCACAAAACUAUUCUGGCUACUGGCCCUUGCCGACUCCAAGACUCUGAAGGCAAUGGUCGAGUUUCGUGAUGGCAGUCACACAAUUAUCUCUGGACCACAGGAAGCGGUGGGCCGUUGCCGCUUCUGUGGCCUAACUGGCAAUUCCGGCUUACUGGAAAUCGGUAAUGUCUGUGCUGACGCUCAAUGUCAAGAGUAUGCGGCCAAUUCCUGCCUUAAAACGAAACCCUGUGGCCAUGCCUGCGGUGGUGUGGCUGGUGAGAAGAAAUGUCUGCCCUGUUUGCAGCAUGUGUGCCAUGCCCGGGAGAAUGAACUGGCUGAAGAGCUGAGAGAUCCCAAGCUAACACAAGAUGCAGACGAUAUGUGCAUGAUCUGCUUUGUGGAGGCUCUCUCCUGUGCCCCAUCUGUACAUCUGGAAUGUGGCCAUGUCUUUCAUUAUCAUUGCUGCAAGGCUGUGCUGGAGAAGCGUUGGAGUGGACCACGUAUCACCUUUGGCUUCUCACUCUGUCCGAUCUGCAAGGCAGAUAUACAGCAUCCUCUGCUGGCUGAUAUACUAGAACCGAUCAAUGGACUGAAACAGGAUGUCAAACGCAAGGCCCUUAUGCGCAUCAAGUACGAGGGAUUGGUUAAGGAUACAAUCGAUAGCAAAGAUGUUACCCAAUUGGCAAUGGAUCGGUAUGCCUACUAUGUGUGCUUUAAAUGCCAGAAGGCCUACUAUGGCGGCGAGGCACGUUGCGAUGCAGAAAUUGGCGAAAAAUUCGAUCCCGAGGAGCUCGUUUGUGGCGGCUGCUCGGAUGUGGCUCGGGCUCAAAUGUGUCCCAAGCAUGGCACAGAUUUUCUCGAAUAUAAAUGUCGUUAUUGCUGUUCGGUUGCCGUCUUCUUUUGCUUUGGCACCACCCACUUUUGUGACACCUGUCACGACGAUUUUCAACGUCUGACGAAUAUACCUAAAAACAAGUUACCCCAAUGCCCGGCCGGACCAAAGGCCAAACAAUUGAUUGGCGAUGAAUGUCCCCUGCAUGUGAUGCAUCCGCCCACCGGCGAAGAAUUUGCCCUGGGCUGUGGCGUUUGUCGCAACGCCCAAACAUUUUAGCCAGGCAACACCAUCAUCUAGUCGAAAGUAAUCAUAAUAUAAAAUAUAAAUUAUAGAAUAUUUUUUUGAUCUCUUUUUUUUUUUUUAUUUGACUUUUACCCAUCUCAAAAUGUUGAAACUCAAAUUGUACACACAUUGAUAUUUUUAGCAGAGAUAUAGAUCAGAUAUUUCGAUGUAAAAUUUAUCUGUAAUACUCAAAUCAAAUUCACGUAUUAAUAAUAUGUUAAACGUAAACACAAAUUCUCCUAAUCUUUGGCCAGAGCCAGAGCUAAGAUAUCCUUCACAACGGGACGGGGGGGAGGGGAGGUUUCGAACAUACUCUAUAUAGAAGCAUUUUGUAUAUAUAAAAUCAAUAAUGGUAAUUGGACAUCCGAUUGGGGAAACCGAAUUUACAUUGAUGCCCUCUUUCAUACAUUGAUAUUUUGUGAAGUGUAUUUACCUAUACAU